UCACACGAGAGCCUGCUAGCUCCUAUUAAUAUCGGCUUCGUUCUAUCAAACGCGUUUAGCGCAUCUGAGGUUGUUAUGGCAAUGUGUCUCUUACAGAAAAUAACGUGUAGUACUUGUACAACCAUGAGUUCUAGUACUUAACUGUUUACUACGAAAAGUCAAAGUCUUAUGACAAACAUGUUCAACGAAACUUUUAAAUCGUCCAGCCUGUUUUUGAAAUUGAGCUUAAUUCCUGCUUUUCUGGGAUUUUUGUGCCAUCUGGUGUCGUUUGCCUCGUCGUACUGGCGUUUGAUUGAGAGCGUGACAGACGUGUCUCCACAUAUAAGCUUUUACCCUCAGAUCAAGCAUACAUACUGUGGACUCUGGAAUUGCUUCUCCUGUUUUUCUGCAGAUCCGAAUUGUCAAUCUGCAGUUUUGGAGUUGGAAGAUGCCAUAGUAGUGACCCGAGUAUUCGUGACGAUAGGACUGUUCGCCUCCUGUGGUACUCUGUCCCUUACUCUACUCUGUUUGUUCAUACGGGAAGUCGCCUCACGUGACUUUGUUCAUAUCGUCGCCAUUUUAGCCAGCAUAUCAACAGGUGGAUGCGUCUUGAUCGGGAUUGUGGUUUAUGGGACCUCCACCAAUGAUCAUGAAGCAACUCUUUUGGAAAAGCAUAGCCUACAUUGGUCCUACUUCAUGUGUAUUGUGACUUUUCUUCUGUAUUUUGGCCUGAGGUGGGAUCGGGUGCCUUGGAGGAAUGAGCAUCCCUUCCAAACCGGUCACCCCCAACGUGUGCUCCAUAUCAUGAUUGGGAAAAACGGAAAAUCCGUAGAUAAUUCAGUGUAUAAGUAA